AUGGACGCAAACGUCGACUUGGCCAGCAUGUUUACAAGCUUGCUCGCCUCCAAUUCAGGGCUCAGUCGCUACUACAGACAACGCCAAGAUGAACUGCGAGGCGGACACCUGGGAGACAUUUUGGCUGCUUUGAACUUCAUCCGCAUCGCUUUUGCACGUGUGGAGGCCGGAAUCACUGGGAUCCAACUGCUGGGGGACAUUCUGACCCCAGCAACAAUCGACGAAGUUCUAUAUAUUACCUCCCGCUUCGGUCCUACCGCACCUAUCAAUAUCCGGACUACUGGUAGUCUUGAAAGCAUAAUCCAGCUGCCUCUAUUUCAAAAUGCAUUCACUCUUCAGAUGACGAGACUCAUUGGUGAUCAUUCCCGGAACCAUUUUGUGGAUCCGUUAGAGCGCUUAGGGCUUCUCCCUGAACCGUAUGCUGCCCUCGUCAUAUCUUUCUUUCAUCAGCGGGAGGAAGUCUCUAUUGUGACCUGCCUUAAGCUCUCGGUAGACAUGGGACGAGGAAGAUCUCACGCACUUUUCGUUGUCUUCGAUCCCUGCCCCUCUCCCAACUUUGAAGACGGCGCGGGUUUCGUGGUGAACUACUCCGCAAGAGCUGCUGCUGCUUAUCUCGACAGUACACUUACAGCUAGCCCAUACUGCACAGUGCCUUCUGAUGGGUCGCGUGUGCAGUACACGGGCUCCUUUUUCGUGCCAAAGAACGGCCCCUCCAAUACACUCUCACAGACGACCAAAGCACUGAUUGAUACAAGUUUGUGGAUGUUGACAAGGCAAUCUGAAAUCGACUCGCUUGAAUCCCGGAUCGAAAGCUUGACCAAUAUGCUGGAUCCCAGCCAGGCGCACCUAGAUGUUCGAGCUUCUUGGCGAAAUCAGCAUGAGCCGCCACUACCAGCGGCCCCCUCACCAUACGCUCAAACAAGAGCUCGUUAUUUUACCUUUGCGGAGCAAACUUCGCCCAUUGUCCCGCAACCCAAUGCCAGCCACAUUCCUAUGACAUCCCCAACCAGUGCACAAGGCCGCCAAAAUCACAGCAGACCUGAAUCAUAUUACGAUUCAUUGAUAGCUAGGCAGAUGCAAAUGGGGCUCCAUAUCUCUGACCCGGACGGACCCGAAUCGAGCAGUCCGGAUUCGAAUCAACAUCGCGUGAAUACUAGUGGAUUGGAUUUACCGCAAGCAACGCGACGGAGGACUUUUACUUGUCCGUUGUGCUUGGAAGCGAUCUCUCUUGAUGAUGUCGCUUUACUCUCGAACUGCACCCAUCAACUCUGUCGCUCAUGCGCGAAAAACUACGUUACCUCGCAAAUUGCCGACAAGAGACACCCUAUUUUCUGUCCUGUUUGCCUCACAGAUGACGCAGACACGACAAAUCUAGGCAUGUUUACCGAUGAACUGGCUCAGAUCCUUGGCCUCACACCCGCCGAAUAUCGUGCCUUUGAAGAAUUACAGCUUGCACCUAUCUCUAUUUCCAUCGAUUGUCGUAGAUGUCAGAGAAGCGUUUAUGUCGACAGAGAGGAGUACAACGCCACAGAGACGAUCACGUGCCCACUCCCCGAUUGUAACUACGUUUGGUGCAAAACUUGUCAGCAAGAAGUAACUCCUGGAGGGCCGCAACAUUCAUGUGAUGGCUCGGUGGAGAUGGCGCAUCUUGCCGCUCGAAGUGGCUGGAGACGCUGUCCCACGUGCAGAACCGUGUACGAAAAGGUAGCCGGAUGCGAUCAUAUGACGUGUACAGCGCCGGGAUGCAGCACUCAUUUCUGUUACCUCUGUGGGGGCUUGAUCGUCCGCUCCGUCGUUGGGAGAGAAAUUACCGCUGCUCUUGCAUACCAUAACAUGCAUUGCCGGCCGCCUGGUGCGCCGCAGCGGUUUUGA